AUGAUGAGCGAAGCUCUGGACGCGAGCGUUUUGGAUACAUCUCUUAUGCGGGGCAGACCGUGGGGUGAAAUGACCCGUGCGUUACUGGAAUUGACUGGAGACUCGAUCGAGCGGGGGUUGAGGAUGGCUGAGCGCGAGUGGAGUCGGAUGGAAAAGCAAAGGAAACCUCAGAUAGACAGCUACAAGGAUUGUGAUUUGAGCUAUGGGGAUUUGCUUGAGAGAGAUAGGAUGGGUGCAUGGUACUGCCGCCCUUCAAGUGACUCCGCCCUGUCAAUCAACCCUGGAAACCACGGCGGUGAAUUAAAUGGUGUUACCGUCAAAGAGCCCCAAAUACCUAUCUGUAGAGAUCACUAG